AUGGAUGAAUUUCGAGAUUCUCAAAAAGAAAGAAUUCAAGAGGCAUUAGAUUUGGGUGAGCUUACAACCGGUAGGGGCUUGAAUCAAGAACUUGGUCUUUCAAGAGCUUGCGAUACGCGUUGGGGAUCUCAUUUUAAAUCUUUCAACAAUUUUAUUCUUAUGUUUGGCUCUAUUCUUAAUGUUCUUGAAUCACUUGUUCUUGAUGCACAAUUAUUGGAUGAAAGAGCCAAGGCAAUGGGAUAUCUCGAAGCUAGUCGAACAUAUGAGGUUGCAUUCAUGUUGCAUUUGAUGAGUGAUGUUUUAGCAAUAACAAAUGAGCUUAAUAAAUGCUUACAAAAAAAGGAGCAAGAUUUGGCAAAUGCCAUGCUACUUGUUGAACAUGACAUUUUGGUACCUAACUUUGAGGAGCCAUAUGUUAUCUCUUUAAGAUCACAAAGGAGACUUGGUGACAAUAAAGUCUCUUAUCAUUAUCGUGUUGAGGUAUUUUGCAAUAUUAUUGGUUGGCAACUUCAAGAACUUAAAGAUCGUUUUGGCGAAGCGACGAUUGAUUUGCUUCAUACAAAGAAGCAUUCAAAUUAUCCUCUUGUAUUUUGCUUAGUAAAAUUUGCUUUGGUUCUGCCGGUUGCCACUGCAUCCGUUGAAAGAGCUUUUUCAGCAAUAAAGUUUAUCAAUAAUGACUUGCGGAGUCAAAUGAGUGAUGAUUUUUUUAGCGGUUGUUUGGUGCCUUAUCUAGAAAAAGAUGUAUCUGAUAAUGUUUCUAAUAAUGCUAUUAUUAAGACAUUUCAAGACAUGAAACCUCGUAGAGUUAUAUGUGGUGAAAAAGCUAUUAUGGUGCUUUAUUGUGUUGUGCUUGAGGUUACUGAUGUUGCGAAUUAG